GUCAUGCUGCAUGGCCGGUACAUUUUUAGUCUGAUGUGCCUGUGCAUUUGGCUGCAUGCACUGGCUUGUAAUGUUGGCUCACUUCUAAUAAGUCCAGUGCAGAAAUAUUCGAUCAUCACGAAAAUGUGCUUCAAAAUCAACAUUUUAGUUCACACGGUACACUUUAUAGAUUCAUUUAUAUACGAAAACAAAUAUACAAAUUUUGAGUUGUUUAUGAUAUGUCAUCACAAAAACAAGCAAAGGGUUGUUUCUCUAGUACUACCCACCACAUUAUUUUAUUCAAUAUCAUUUUCAUAUCUUACUUUGAUCAAAUAAUAACUGCACACGCUCUUCAGCAACGUACUCCAGUGUAUUUAUCUUCGACAUUUUGUUUAGGUAGGAAUUACACAGCCAAUAGUACAUAUCAAACCAAUCUCAAUCUCAUGCUCUCAUCUCUCUCAACUACAUUCACAAACAACACAAUUUCUCAAUAUGGUUACCGUAACAUUACAGUUGGAAGAAACCCAAAUACUGUUUAUGGAUCGUUACACUGUCAGGAGGAUAUCGAACCAGCGAUAUCUUCAGUAUACGUUCAGACUGCAACUGAAAGAGUAAUGCGAGAGUGUCCAGAUACAAAAACAGCUAUUGUAUUCUGUAACGGAUGUAUUUUAAGGUAUUCAGAUGAGAAUUACUUCUCAAUCUUGAAUGAUGAAGAUCCAUCGAUUGUUGUAAAGUAUUUAAACAAUAGCAUCAUCGCAAACCAAGUUCAGUAUAUGGACACAGUAACUGGAUUACUAGAUGAAUUAGUGAUUGAAGCUGGUACUAAUACUUCUCUCAAUAGUCCUUUAUAUGCUUCUGGUUCAGAAAAUUACACAAGAUUUAAUCAAGUUUAUGCAACGGUUCAGUGUACACCAGAUUUGACACCAAGGCUCUGUAGUAAAUGUCUUAGAUCAGCUCUUCAGAGACUACCUUAUGAUGCACAAGGGGCACGAGUUCUAUUUCCAAGUUGUAAUGUCAGAUUUGAGUAUAAGCCUUUCUAUGGAAAUUAUAUGCAUAUAACUCAAGUAUCUAUUCAACCUCUUCAAGCAUCACCUCCAACUCUUCAAGCGUCAUGGAGUAAAACUAAUUCGUAUAGGAAAGAUUCAACAAAGCUUGUUACUAGCAUCACCGUUCCAUUAGUAGCUGCAGUACUACUAUCCUACAUUGCUGUUUGGUGGUUUUGUUUCCAUAAGAGAAAGAAGAUAAAUAACAACUACUUUGAUAAGAAUCCAGAUAUUCAAAGUGCAGAAUUAUUACUAUUCAACUUCAAUAUUUUAAGUGCAGCAACAAAUAACUUCUCUGAGGAUAAUAAGUUGGGAGAAGGUGGAUUUGGCCCUGUUUAUAAGGGUGUAUUAUCUGAUGGACAAGAAAUAGCUGUGAAAAGACUUUGUAAGAACUCAGGUCAAGGUGAUCCGGAGUUUAAGAAUGAAGUGUUGUUGUUAGCUAAGAUUCAACACAGGAAUCUUGUAAGAUUAAUAGGUUUUUGUUUACAUGGACGAGAGAAACUACUUGUGUACGAGUUGAUGCAUGCCAGUCUCAACCAAUUCAUAUUCGAUACUGUGAAACGAAACCUUUUAGAUUGGGAAAAACGAUACAAGAUCGUUGGAGGAAUUGCUAGAGGUCUUCUUUAUCUUCAUGAGGAUUCUCGACUCAGGAUAAUUCACCUGGAUCUCAAAACUAGCAAUAUAUUAUUAGACGAAGAUAUGAUUCCAAAGAUUUCAGAUUUUGGAAUGGCAAAGCUUUUUGAGGUUGAUCAAACUCAAGCUAAUACAAGUAGAAUUGCAGGAACAUAUGGAUAUAUGGCUCCAGAGUAUGCACGAAAUGGACAUUUCUGUGGGAAAUCAGACGUUUUCAGUUUCGGUGUCCUGGUUCUUGAGAUUCUUAGCGGGAAGAAAAUUACCUAUAUUUAUAUGACGGAUUCAGGAGAUGCACAAAAUCUUCUGACUUAUACAUGGAUGCAUUGGCAGAGAGGAUCAGCUUUAGAAGUGCUGGAUUCCAGUUUCAAAGAGAGUUGUCCGAGAGACGAAGUAAUGAGGUGUAUCCACAUUGCCCUAUUAUGUGUUCAAGACAGAAUUGCUGAUAGACCUACCAUUGGCUCAGUCAUCCUAAUGCUUAAUUGCAACUCAAUGACUCUCCCAUUACCUACACGACCUGCAUAUUUUGCGUCCAAUCAAGCAGUGGAAGAGGCAUGGAGUGUGAAUCAGGCAUCUGUUUCUGAAUUGUAUCCUCGUUGAUAAAUACUUAUGUUUAUUCGAUCAAAGAA